AAUGCUGUCAUAUUAUAUACAUGAAAAAGAUUGAGGAAGGCCUCCAUUUACAUAAAAAGUAAUUAGAGCUCUAAUAAAUCCCUGAGAAUGUCUGUUUACUGUACCAAUGGAUCAAACAGUUUUGACAUAAUCAUAGUGGCUUUUAUUUCACUUAGAGAUUUAAACACAAUUUGACACAUAGAUAAUUUACUCCCUAGUAUUAGUUUGGUUUAUGUUGAGGGUAGGUCUAUUUUUAACUUUUUCAUACGCUUUAGGUAUAACACCAACUUCAAGAUGCUAACAUUUCCUUUCAAUAUUGUGCUUUCUAGUUGAUCUACUGACUUCACAAUGUCUGAAAUCAGAUUCAGCAAUCUCACUUGGGAUCAAGUUAUAACACUGAAUCAAGUGUUAGAUGAAGUAAUUCCAGUCCAUGGAAGGGGGCAUUUCCCCACAUUGGAGGUAAAACCAAAAGAUAUCAUUCAUGUUGUGAAAGAUCAACUAAUAGGGCAAGAAAUUAUUGUUAAGCAUACCCGAUUGAAUGGUUCCACAGCCAGCUACAUCCUUGCAAGCCACAAUGGAAUCAGCUAUAAGGAUCUAGAUAUUAUUUUUGGUGUUGAACUAACAAGUGAUCAGCAAUUUCAGGUUGUUAAGGAUACAGUUCUAGGUUGCCUGCUUGACUUUUUACCGGAAAGUGUUAAAAAGGAAAAGAUCACUCUAAAGACCAUGAAAGAGGCUUAUGUGCAGAAGAUGGUCAAAGUUUGCAAUAAGCAUGAUCGUUGGAGUCUCAUCUCUCUUUCAAAUAAUACUGGGAAGAAUGUAGAGCUAAAAUUUGUGAAUUCACUCAGACGACAAUUUGAGUUUAGUGUAGAUUCCUUUCAAAUUGUUUUGGAUCCCAUGUUAGAAUUCUACAGUGACAAAAAUGCUAAGCUAACCAAAGAAUCCUAUCCUGCUGUGGUAGCUGAAACUAUGUAUGGAAACUUCCAAGAAGCAAUGACACAUUUGCAAUACAAGCUGAUAUCUACCAGAAAACCUGAAGAGAUUAGAGGUGGUGGCCUUCUGAAGUAUAGCAACUUGCUAGUUCAUAAUUUUAAGCCAGCUUGUGAAGCAGAAAUCAAGAUUCUGGAACGUUAUAUGUGUUCUAGAUUCUUCAUUGAUUUUCCUGAUGUAGCAGAACAGCAAAAGAAGAUUGAAUCAUAUCUCCACAACCAUUUCAUAGGUGAAGAAAAUAACAAGUAUAACUACCUUAUGACCUUGUAUGGAGUUGUGAAUGAAAGCACUGUUUGCCUCAUGGGUUAUGAGAGAAGACAGACCCUUAAUAUGAUCACCCUUAUGGCUUUAAAAGUACUUGGAGAGCAGAAUAGUCUACCCAAUACACACAAUGUAAUUUGCUUUUAUCAGCCUGCUCCAUACUUUGCUGCUGAGGGAGGGUACCCUACUUAUUGUGUAACAUCAAGACCACCACCUAUUUACUUGCAGCUAUAUUGCCCACCUCACAUUCAUGUGCCAAAGGGUAUGUUUUAAAAACCACACAUGCAAAAGAAACUUCACUUUAACUAAACACCUCUUAAAAACAAGUUUCCAAAU